GAAUGUUGUUAUUGACUUUAAAGAACAAGCUGCAUCCGCGAGACCACCAGAGUGGGAUAGCCGCGCUUUCAAAAUGCAGAACUACUACAAUGACUCGUCCGAGACCGAUACCGAGUCGUACGGGCUUAAAAGUGUUAAGCUGAUAGAUUGGGG